AAAAUAUUCCUCCACAAGAGGCAUGAACACCCUUUCCCUCCAAUUACUCAUACCGACGGCUAUCCACCUCACGUCCUCACGCGCCGCCUCUCCCUCCUCCUUACGCAUCCCCUCUCCGUCAAUUUUACGCGCUACCUUAUCGUACGGCUCACAGUCAGUCGAAAACCAAACUCUAGAGGUCCUAGAAUGGCGCGCCCUCUGCAACCAGCUCUCCCCCUUCGCCUCCACAUCGAUGGGCCUCUCCGCCACCAAAACCGCCGAUAUUCCGGUCGGAAAAUCUCCCGAAGAGAGCAUGACCCUCCUCGACGAGACGGCCGCCGCGUUGGCUGCCAUGGAAGUGAUGGAACCGCGGCGGUUCGGUCUGUCUGAGAUCCUGGACUUGUCUGAAAUCGUGAAGCGUGCUGUGUCUGGUCAAUUGCUCACCCUUAGAGAGCUCUGCGCCGUCCGUGCCACGUUGACGGCUGCUUCCUCAGUUUUUGAGAAACUACAAAGAGCAGCUAAUACUGAUAAGCGAGUUACACCUCUUGUAGAGAUACUUGAGGGAUGUGAUUUCAAUGCUACGUUGGAGCAAAAGAUUGGUUUCUGUAUCGACUGCAACAUGUCUGUGAUUCUCGACAGAGCUAGCGAAGACCUCGAGAUCAUUAGAUCCGAACGGAGGAGAAACAUGAAGAAUCUGGUUUCUCUUUUGAAGAAAGUAUCCACCAGGGUUUUCAAGCGGAGGUCGAGGCUGUGCGUGGCCAUCAGAGCCACGCACAAAAGCUUGCUCCCGGGCGGUGUUGUGCUAAGUUAUAGCAGAGUAGGGGCCACGUGCUUUAUGGAACCGAAAGAGGCGGUAGAGCUCAACAACAUGGAAGUGAGGCAUGCCGAUUUGGAGAGAGCUGAGGAAAUGGCGAUUCUGAGCAUUUUGACUUCUGAAGUGUCGGCGGCGCAGAGAGGGAUACUGCAUCUGUUGGAUAGGAUAGUAGAACUUGACGUUGCUUUUGCAAGAGCGUCACAUGCGAAGUGGAUGAAUGGUGUCUAUCCCAAACUAACUUCGGAACACUCUACAACACUGGACAUGGAUGGUGGAGACAGUGCAUCUCUAGCUGUAGACAUUGAUUCUGUGCAGCACCCGUUGCUUCUUGGAUCCGUAUUAGGCAGCAGCUCAGGUGGUGGCAACCUCUUCCCUGUGCCAGUAGAUAUUAAGGUUGAAAGCAGAUCCAAAGUAGUCGUCAUCUCGGGUCCAAACACAGGAGGAAAGACCGCUUUGUUAAAGACAUUGGGUUUAAUCUCUCUUAUGUCCAAGUCAGGGAUGUAUUUGCCUGCUAAGAAUCGCCCGAGGUUGCCUUGGUUUGAUCUUGUUCUCGCUGACAUCGGAGAUCCUCAGUCUUUGGAGCAAAGCCUGUCAACAUUCAGUGGCCACAUCUCACGGAUAUGUCAGAUACUCAACAUUGCUUCAGAAAACUCGCUUGUCCUAUUAGACGAAAUCUGCAGCGGGACUGAUCCUUCAGAAGGGGUUGCGCUUGCUACGAGCAUCCUAAAGUACAUUAAAAACCGUGUUAAUGUGGCGGUUGUGUCCACGCAUUACGGUGACCUGAGUCGCUUAAAGGAUAACGAGACUCAGUUCCAAAACGCUGGGAUGGAGUUCUCCAUGGAGACUUUGCAGCCUACUUUCAGAGUACUGUGGGGAAGUACUGGUGAAUCAAAUGCAUUGAGAGUAGCUAAGUCGAUUGGUUUCGAUGGAAGGAUAUUGGAGCAUGCGCAUGAGUGGAGGGAGAGGUUAAAGCCAGAGCAGGAAGUGGAGAGGAAAGGUUCGCUGUUUCAGUCUCUUGUGGAAGAAAGGAAUAAGCUAAAUCUUCAAGCCACCAAGGCUGCAGCUUUACAUGGAGAUUUAAUGAACCUUUACCGUGAGCUUGAGCAAGAGUCGCGUGAUCUUGAGAAACGUGAGAAGGCUCUUUUCAUGAAAGAAACACAAAAGGUACAAGAAGAUUUAAGCUCUGCCAAGUCAAAGAUGCAGAAACUGGUCGCUGAGUUUGAAAGUCAGCUAGAAACUGUACCGGCUGAUCAAUACAACUCCUUAAUUCUGAAAACCGAAGAGGCAGUUGCGGAUAUAAUUGAAGCGUAUUGUCCUAAAGAUCUCGUAUUAACGGAGGAGGAAGAAGGGUAUCGAGACUACUCGCCGCAAGCAGGUGAAAAGGUUAUAGUGACUGGAUUGGGAGGUAAGUUAGGCACCGUGGUUGAAGAACCUGGAGACGAUGAUGAGACAGUUCUAGUCCAGCAGGGUAAGAUGAGGGUACGCAUCAACAGAAAGGACAUAAAGCCCCUUCCUCGUACCAAAACCAGUGAAACACCUAAUCGUUCAAAGAGACAGGUAAGCAUGAAAGAGCUAGGCAGUGUGUUGCAGAUGCAGAGCGAACCAGUGCGUAUUGAAACGUCAAAGAACACAUUGGAUCUAAGAGGAAUGCGGGUGGAAGAAGCGAUGUACCAGCUUGACAUGGCCAUUUCGGGAAGAGAAUCAGGUUCGAUCCUCUUUAUCAUUCAUGGAAUGGGAACAGGCGUUAUAAAAGAGCUGGUGCUUCAGAGGUUAAGCAAGCACAGUCGUGUGUCAAGGUAUGAGCAGGCAAAUCCUAUGAACCAUGGAUGUACAGUUGCUUACAUUAAAUGACAAAACCUCAAACACAUUCUUCUCUGUAAACAUAUUAUUGAAAAGUAUGGUAUUAUAAUGGUCCAAACAACUAGUUUCGAUAGUGAAUUGACAUUCAAGUGUACAAGAAUUUAACUCGAGUGUUUUAUUGAUGUUGUACUGAAGAA